AUGGACAGUGACGAACGCUCUGGCGGCGAGUUAAGAAAAUCUGUAAAAAUUCGUCGUCGCGGCGAUGAAGAAGAAACACCGACUGACAGGUUAACCCAUCUCCCCGGACCCAUUAUUUAUCACAUCCUUUCGCUGCUGGAGACCAACUUCGCGGUCCAAACCUCAGUGUUGUCUCGGGAUUGGAACCGCGCGUGGAAACAUGUCCCUGUCCUCAACCUGCAGAGGAAUUCCUUUGAAACUGCUGCCAAAUUCAAUAGCUUUGUGUCUAAGGUUCUGUCCCUUCGAUACAACCUCAAACUCGACAAGGUUGUCUACGUCGGCGGCGAUGCAAACCUCCCAAAUCCGGGAAAAGGUAACAAGUCUGUUAGUGUCAUCAACUAUGCACUGUCCCAUGGCGCCCAACACUUGGUCGUCCACAGGCAAUCCUGCAAAACCGUGUUCCGAGAUUUCAGCUCAGUGUUCUCCGAGUACUGCAAUGGCGACAAUAAUAAUAAUAAUAAUAAUAAGCACAAUAACAAUCUGAAAACUCUGGACUUGAAAUUGGUCACCCUCGAUGCUGGAUUUGGAGCCUGCUCUGGUUUCCCAAUGCUGACGACGCUGAAUCUGACGGAUUGCGAUUUGGGUAACGAGGGUGUCCUUACUCUUGUCAACUUCCCUUGCCUGGAAAAUUUGGUCGUGGCACAGUGUUUCCCGAGUGAUGGCCCCGGAAGGAGGAUGAAAAUAUACGGACCCCAUUUGCUUACCCUGGAAGUGAAGCACACAGGGUUAUGCGAUUUUGACAUAUUCGCGCCGAAACUCGAAUUCUUGGGUCUUAGACAGAACGUGUCGUCCAAUGGGUUCAUCGAUACAGCUCUUCCUACUCUAGAUCGUGCAUAUAUCGAGUUGACGACGUCUGAUGUUUCGACUAUGGGCAAGCGACGUGUUGGUCACUAUUUGAACUCCUUGUUCCAAGUCCUGCAGAGUGCAAAAACUUUGAGGAUAAAUUGGUCUACCCUUGAGGUACGCUAG